UCAAGUAAAACUAGGAAUGUUUUCCCGUUUCCUGUCAAUAUUUAUCCCCUAAACAAGAAUCACUGACUUAUCUGACGUGAAAUUGUUAAUGUUUUGCAGUAGCAGUAAAGACAUAAGAUUACUGUGAAUUGCAGUACAAACAUAGAGUAAAAAAAGGAGUUAGUGUUCCUAGGUCGUUUUGAUUGAAGAGGGAAAGAAGCUGUUCUCGAAGAAUAUCUGAUUAUGCCAUCUCGCUCUGGGCACAUUACACUUUCGCAUUGCGAAGUUCUCGGAACGCUGGGGGUGGAAACGUGAACGCAUUGCAGAGUGUUACCAGCAGAGGGCAAUUGGGGGUUAAAGUGGCGCAAGAGCAAACUGCCUGGGUGAAAAAGUUGGAGAGUGAGUGAGACGGUGUGAGGGCAACGUUUGGUACGAACAGCCUGUUCCCGACGCUCCAGUUUCUUUCCGGAUUGUCGACUCAGGUGAAGGGGCGUCUCAGUGUGAGAAGUCCACAGCAUCGCCAGUGAAUUGCCAGCCCUCGGCGUCCAAGGGUGGGACGGCACCUUCCAGAAACAACUGGAGCCAGGAGCUCCACCAGUCGCAAGCUCAUCGGGAGACAGCAUUACCUGAGCCAGAAGGAAUGCUUCAUUGAAGACUCUAGAACUACAACUCCAUCAUCUUUUACCUCAUAUUUAGUGUAAACAAAGACGUUGUUCAUCAUUGAGCUUGGCCUUGUUUCCUGGGCUACAGUGACAUGGUACCAGCUUUAAAAGUGAAUACUCAAAUAUUAAGGACUUUUUCUUGAUUGUUGCUGAUUAUUUCACCUCUCAUCUGCCACUCAUCGAAGCCAACGUGAUGACAUCUGGCUCAGAAAUCUUCCUCUGGUUAAGUACAUGGAUACUGGGCUAUAGUUUGAUCUCUGGUAGUCAAGAGUGCAUGAGGGAGCCCAGACAUUUCAACUUUGAUGUCCAAUACAAACUGAAAAAUUUUAAUGCAGGACAGCCAAUCCAGAAUAUAGUGGUCUUUCCUGACCCUCCAGGGAUCUAUCUUGCAGUGAGGAACCGAGUACUAUCUCUAAGCUUUUCCCUCGAGAAGAAUUAUGAACUGCAGACUGGUCCAGUCGGCAGCCCAGAUUGUGAGAUCUGUGAACUUUGUAAGACAAACUGGGAAGCAGAAGUUGGCAUGCAGAAUAAUGACAAUGUGGUCUUGAUGGCUGAUCCUUUUGAACCAUUUCUGUAUAUCUGUGGAACCUCUCAACAUGGUAUCUGUUACAGCUUUGACAUCCAGGGAAAAAGUGAAAACACUUGCCUAUUUAAGAAGGAAAAUAAUAAUGCUGGUUCUUGUCCUGACUGUAUAGUAAGCCCACUGGGUACUCAAGUGUUUAUUCAUGAAGAUUCAUUUUCCAUCUAUUUGUUUAUUGGUGCCACAGUCAACAGCACGAUUGCAAGAAGCUAUAGUCCAAAAUCGGUAUCAAUAAAAAGACUGCUAGGAUCCAUGGAUGGUUUCACAUUCACGCCCCAGGAUCAAUCUUUAACAGUGUUGGAUAAAUUCCUAGACUCGUAUUUCAUUGAUUAUGUUUAUUCCUUCCGCUCUGGUGAACAUAUCUACUUUCUAACAGUUCAGAAAGAAACAACAGAUUCAAAAAACUAUCACACAAGAAUUGCACAGUUGAAGGCAGGGGAGUACGAAGUUAAGAAUUACCGUGAGCUAGUGCUGGAAUGUCAGUAUGAACCAAGACGGAGGAGGAGAGCACCUGGCGAUGGGGACACCCUGUACAACGUGUUACAAGCAGCUCACUUGGCUAAAGCAGGUGCAGAUCUGGCCAAGGAGCUUGAUGUUUCUGAAGGAGAUGAUGUGCUGUAUGCUGUUUUUGUGGAGAGUGAGCCCAACAGCAAAACCUUGCGCAGGAAGUCAGCAUUCUGCACUUUUCCUGUUAAAACAAUUGCUGAAAUAAUCGAGAACGGGAUGACGACCUGUUGUAAGCCUGCAGAUGAAUCCCAGAAAAGGGGGUUGGAAUUCUACCAGGAGCUGGAGUACUGCCCUCAUAUUGAUGCAAAUAACUGUGCAAACAAGCCAACUAGAGUCUGGAAUGCUUUUAUCCGCAUGGACCGAUUUGAUGGUGAUCUAGAUGAUACCAAGCUGACAUCCAUCUUCGUAACCGUGAUCGGAAAUUUCACAGUUGCUCACCUUGGGACGUCAGAUGGAAGGAUUUUACAGGUGAUUGUUCGAAGGUCCUUUUAUCUGCAUGCGAACUUCAGCCUGAGCGAAUCAGAUCCUGUUUCCCAAAAAGUCGCACAAUUGAACAACUCCUUGCUGUUUAUAACUGGAACACAGAUGACCCAAGUACCAAUCACUGGACCAGGCUGCCAUCACUUUCUCACCUGCUACAAAUGCCAGAUGGCACCUUCCUUUAUGAAGUGUGGCUGGUGUGAUGGACAAUGCACCUGGCAGGAGGAAUGCCUGAAAACAUGGGUCCCAGAUACUUGUUCACCUGCAGUUGUUGAGUUUCUUCCCAAAAGUGCUCCUGUCAAUGGAGAGACGGAGCUCACUCUGUGUGGCUGGGACUUCAAAUCUCCAAAUGGCCCUGAUAUCACUGCAGCCUCCCACGUGGUGCGAGUCGGAAGCCGUCCUUGUAGAGUGUUGCCUGAAAUCAGCAAUGCAAAAAGGUUGGUGUGUAAACUGGAAGUUACUGGAGUGUAUCAACCUGUUGGUUCAACCAAAAUCAACAUCACGAUUCAAGAGACCAAGCGUAGUGGAGAGUUCUCCAUUGUUGGAUCCACAACUAUCGCUGGAUUUGAAUUUGUGGAACCUGUUAUAACUCACGUGGUACCAACAUAUGGCCCCCUGGCUGGUGGGACUUUGAUUACAUUGUUGGGGCAACAUCUGACAGCCGGCAAUACCCAGAAUGUGACCAUUGGAGGGAAGGAGUGCUCAAUACAGAGGCAAAAUGAUAUUUCUAUCAAAUGCAUAACUCCACAAAUGAAGACGUUGAUGGAGGAGUUUCCUGUAGUGAUGAUGGACUCAGCAAAUAUACCAGUCAAGGGCAAUUUCAAGUUCCAGUACCGGAAGAAUCCUGUCAUCCGUGACUUGUCCCCACAAUGCAGCAUCAUCAGGGGCCUCAAUGUCACAAUAUAUGGAACCAAUCUGAAUUCCGUGUAUCAGCCAAAGCUUGUAUUUACUGAUGAAAAUGGAAACAAGUUUGAAAAGACAUGCAGAGAGCCAGAAUCUAAUGACGUAAUGAUCUGCCAGACUCCUGAGAUCGAGGAAUACGAAGCUGAAGGGAACCUUACCAUAAUCAUGGACGGUGUAUUACCCAAAAAGGAAUUUAACAUAGAAUACAUGCAAAACUAUGAGGUUAUCCCCUUUGAAAAUGAGGAGAAGAUAUACAAGCUAACAAAGGGUGAAGAUGAGAUUGAGAUACAUCACAUCAUGCUGUUGAAGCUGAAAGAUUGCUUGAAUGUGACUCUUGUUGUGGGAGACACUGUCUGUAAUGCCAAGAUCCUUAUGCAUGAGAUCACCUGCAGAGUGCAAACGGAGCUGAUUCCCAGCGAAGGACUUCCAGUCAAGCUCUGGGUGAAUCACAUGGAGUACUUCAUUGGCUAUGUCAUCUAUGUUGAUGAAAGUAUCAACACAAUUGUAGGCAUUGUUAUCGGCACUAUAGUCUCCCUGCUGCUGAUUGUGGUCUUCCUGGUCGUCGUCCUGGUCAUAUACAAGAAGAAAAGCAGAGAGCAUGCAGACUUAAUGAGCCGCUUAGAAGCUUCAGCAAACAUGGUAUCUCUCAAUACAAUACCAUCUGUCCCCAGUGAUUAUAGAAACUCUCGUUACCCUGUGACCCCGACAUCUGGAUCGAGUGGGAUUACAUUUCGGGGAGCUGGUUACAAGUACAACGCUGAUGGUUCAAUGGUUCCGCUGCUCAGUCCGAGAGAAAUUACCUCAGAGAACCUGCGGCCAGAGCUGCUGGAAGAAGUGAAAGAUGUUCUGAUCCCCAGUGAAUGCUUAGUUGCAUACAUGGACCAGGUGGUCGGCAAAGGGCAUUUUGGGAGCGUUUACCAUGGUCUGUACAAAGAUCAAAGUAAAGAAAUUCAUUGUGCUGUGAAGUCAUUGAAUCGGAUUUCAGAUGUUGAAGAGGUGGAGCAGUUUUUGAAGGAAGGUAUUAUCAUGAAGGAUUUCCACCAUGAAAAUGUCCUAUCCUUGUUGGGAAUUUUCCUUCCUAAGGAAGGGUUACCAUUAGUAGUAUUGCCAUAUAUGAAACAUGGAGACCUCAGGCAUUUUAUCCGCCACGAAGAUCGAAAUCCUACAGUAAAAGAUUUAAUAGGCUUUGGACUCCAGGUUGCCAAGGGAAUGGAGUACCUUGCCCAGAGGAAGUUUGUUCACCGAGAUCUUGCAGCGAGAAACUGCAUGCUGGAUGAGGCAUACGUAGUGAAGGUGGCUGAUUUUGGGAUGGCACGUGAUGUUCUGGAUAAAGAAUAUUACAGCAUUCAGAACCAUCGAAAGGCCAAGUUACCAGUUAAGUGGAUGUCACUGGAGAGUCUACAGACACAAAAAUUCACAAGCAAGUCUGAUGUGUGGUCUUUCGGAGUCUUGCUUUGGGAACUACUGACUCGAGGAGCACCACCCUACCCAGAGGUUGACCCGUAUGACAUCACACGAUACCUGCUGAAGGGGCGAAGGUUACCUCAGCCAGAAUAUUGCCCGGAUGAGCUGUUUGAUAUCAUGCUGCGCUGCUGGGAUCCAAAGCCUGAACUGCGGCCGGUAUUUACUGAACUCAUCUGUGAAAUUCAAUCAGUUCAGUCCAUGUUGAAAGGAGAACACUAUAUCAACUUACAAGUAAAUUAUGUGAACUUGCAGAACAACCAGCCUUACCCUGCAGUGGACACUACGGACGAUGAGCUGGACCUGGAUUCAGAAUGAUUACAUUGUGCUGCACUUACUGAGAAAUCUGUUUUGAACAUAUGACUUGAAUUUCUGAGGGUACUGCUUUUUUUUAAACAGUGGAAUCCAUUCACUUGCUUAAGGUACAACUAAGGUCAAGAUGGAAUGGCAGAGCAGACAUAAUGGGCUGAAUGGAUUUACUCUGCUCCAAUGUCUUAUGGUCUUACAACUCGGGCUUAUUUCUUUCCUUCUUCUGCUAAAUCCUGUGGCCACCCCCAGCCUACUCAGUACUGAAAAAUGGCCGGUGGAGAUGCAGUCAGUUAUGGAUUCUGUAUUUGCAUAUUAAAGGGGAACGGCAACAGGUUUUGGCUGCACAACACAAUAUUGCCAAGAACUCUUAAGCAUGAGUGAGAUCCAGUGACUGGAGAUACUUGCCUCAGGGAUGAAAGACGCUAAAGGCCAAUUGAUAAGACAGGUGAGGAAUGGAGCAAUGACAUCUCCAAUCAGCUGUGGGUUUUCUGCCCCAAAAUAAGUAAAGUCAUUGAUUAAAGGCCAUUCUGCAAACACAGAGUGCUGUAAACAAAAACAUGAGGAUUUUUGUCACUUUGCCCCCUCAUUAAUUUCCAGUGACUGUAUUUUGUUAACUAUUAAGCAAAUGCAGCAAGCAAUGAAAUCUCCGUCAGGCACUGCUCUCUCAAUGGAGCAUUUCACAGUUAGGAUGCUUCAAGGUAAAUAACAUAAUACUUUUGUUUCUACAAUGAUCCACAAGGGACUCCUCUAUUCUGACGUGCCUAAUAAGCUAGUUAUUAAUAAGGUAUAACAAAGAAUCUGCAGGUUUUGCAGGUAAUGUGUCCUCCUGUUUGGCUAGAGUGAUUGGAUACACUGCAGUUCCUCACCGAUGCAACUGUGGCAACAGUCCCUAAACCUGGAAGGAUAAAGCAAAAGCAUACCACUGCAUGCUCGUUCCCUUCCAAGUCACACUGACCAUCCUGAUUUAGGAAUGCAAUGCCAUCUCUGGGUCUGAAUCUUGGGGCCACUCUCUGUUGCCUGCCUGGAAUUAUUUCAUCAGAAGGAACACAGUGGUUCACAGUCAUCUUCUCAAGCAUAAUGAAGUGCAGGAAGUUAAUGCUGGCCAUGCCCUGUCCAGCCACCAUUGUACUUCAAACUGAAGUGGUAAAGAUGCUGCAUUAUGCUAUUUGACACCAUAGUCUUUUCCUUCUGCUUGCAAGGGAAAAUUUAACCUUAGCUAAUUUCCCUCUCCUCUUUCACUCACUCACAUGAGGCAUGAAUCUCACCUUUCUCCCUUUAUGAGCAUCCAAGGUAUCAGUGUAGGUUUGAAGUCAUUGGCAGCACCCUGCAUUAUCUGUCUCCACAUUGAUCAUGAGGGUUAAUUUGGUAGAAGGUGGGGUGCCCCUGCUCCUAGAACUCCAUGAAGCACACAGAGGAUAGCUCCCUUUGUUUAAGUUUAUAAUGCAGUUAAUCCCCACUAGAGUAAACCUCCAAAUUCACAACUGUCGGUUCAGGGCCAUUUUGAUUCAGAUGUUGUGGGGAUGGUGAUAAUAUACCCUAAUAUUACUUUUUCUUUCUAUCUCAGCAAGGAGGAGAUAAAGUGGGUGUGUCUGAUGGAUUAUAGAAAAAUGAGUGGUGGGGUUCAAACACACUGGGAGUAGGCAUACGAACAAGCGAGUGCAUAUUGCUUUAUGUCGGCAGGAGAUGAGAAAUACCACUUCUCUCUAUUUUCAUGGUCUUAGUUAUCAGCCUGGGACAGAGCAGAGACUAGAGUCUGUGAACAUACAACCUGUUAUUUUUAAUUGAAAGCAGGUGAGUUUUAAAAUUUUAUUUUUAAAACACAAAUACAUGCAUUGCCUGUGGAGCUUGAUUUCCAAACAUAUUCCUACAGAUUCCUGACAUUUCCUGUUGACCAUCUGCCCUCCUGCUGGGGGAAUCAAACUAACUGCUAAGAUGCAAAUUGUUAGCCUACCAACCAGUUACUAACUGAACAGCAGUCAUUCUGAAAGAGGUGGCUGCAAGAUAACCAUUCAGUAUUUCAUUAUUAUUCUGUGCAGCUUCUGACUUCAACUUCUAUUGAUCACUGAGUGAAAACAUGUUUCUCAAUAUCUGUUUUUAAAUCUAUUUCUCAUUUUAUUUGGGAUGGGUGUAUAACAAAUUGUAAUUUCAGUGGAUCUAGAGUAAGAAUUCAAAACCUAUCAUGUUGGGUAAGUAAAUAACUAGAAUCAAAGCAUUUACAGUAAAAUUGGGAUAAUUGUACAAAUCCAUAUUAUGUCCAUUAGGGAAAGAAAUCUAUCACCCUUAUUCUGACUGGUAUGUGAUUACAGAUUCAUAAAAAGGUGUUCGAUGAUUAACCUUCGAACAUCCACUCACUGGCUAUUUUAUCAGGUAGAGGAGUGAACCCAGUGUGGUCUUCUGCUGCUGUAGCCAUUCAUCAUGCCAGUUCCAUGAAAAAACAUCCAGUGAGGGAUAGUUGUGUGAGUGAAAAUGGCUUGUUAAUGAGAGAGGUCAGAGGAGAAUGGUUUGACUGGUUCAAGCUGACAUGAAGGCAACAGUAUCUGAACUAAUCGUGUAAUAUGACACUGGUGUGCAGAAGAACAUCUCUGAAUGCACAACACAUUGAUCCUUGAAGUGGAUGGGGUACAGCAGCAGAAUUGGAUUUAACCUUUCUCAUGUGGAGUUAAUUUUGUUACUCUUUCUCACAUAUUUUUCAAUAGGUAUACAGUGGAUUCUGCUUAAUUGGUACACAUCAGGACCUGUACACAAACACACUCAACAAACACUGCUUAAAAUCUGUUUGUUAUAAGCACAGUUUAGUGUCUAACAGCCAUAUCAGUGCAGAUGGCUGAGACUAGUUACAAACUGUUCAGUAGUAUUCUUCUAUCCCAAUUAAGAGGCAUAGAGCCCAGAAUAAAGAAGGGAAUCUUAGCUAUUUUCUUAAUUAGUUUUUGUUCUUUAGGAGUUGUCCCAAAUAAGUGGCUGUCCUGAUUAACCAAUGGCUCAAUUGACUGGAAUCCACUGUAUUUUUCUGCCAGGAUUUAUGUUCUCAUUUAAUAAACAAAGAAAAUCCCAUUGUGUUUCAAUCCUUCUCAGAGAUAUUCUGAAAUUUGUUUUGGAUAUUUGUGAAGCAUUGAUUUGCUAAUCAAGCCCGUUAGACUGCCUUUAGCAAAUCAAUCUAAAAGGAUACACUAAACCUCAGGUUGUUAUUUCAAAGACGUUCUGCUUUCUGCAGACCAAACUGGAUAAUGAUCUACACAAGGUGUUAGAAAUAGAUAAAAGAGGAAGUAAUUUUUGUAAAUGUUUUUCAUGGGUUGAAGAAGUACAAAGUUAAGAGUGAGUAAGAAGUAAUUUAAGCUGUUCAGAUCGUAAAUGUGGAAGAGAAUUAUAUUUGGAAUUAAGCCUAUCAUUAGCUAUAGAAUUAGUAAUCUAGUAAUCAAGGUGUACAAGUAGUAUAAAUUUCUAGUAAAAUAUGUACAGGCUGUUGUAAUACAGCAUUUAUUUUUGUAUAUUUUUUGUAUUUUUAAAUUAUAAUACUAAUUUUGAAAUUGGACUACUUGAACGUUUAAUGAACUUGUAUCAAAAUUCUUUAUCAGCUGUUCAACAGAGAGAAAUCAAGCUAAAUUAACUAAGCCUGCAAUUCAGUUUAAGGUAGUGGAUAUUAGACAUGGUUUUAUGUAGAGAUGGCACUUGGAUUCUACUGAAAAAUACCUUUUUUUUGGAUCCUAAAUAUUAUACAUCCAAAAAGUAUUUUGAAUAAUUUCAAAGUUAAGUAACAAUUUCCUGCGCCAGUCUUUGUUCGAUUCCAGACUGAAUGCUUAUGAAAUCAUGUUGGCAGGAACAAAUAUUCCAUGACCUCAAAUAGCUGUUGCAAUGUUUGCCUUUUAUGAAGGGCAAGUACAAGUUUGGAUCAAAUGGUAGAUAAUAUGAUUUCUGAGCCAAUCUCUGCAGAGCAUGGCUGAAACCAGAUUUUGCACCCAAGACUGUGACCUGAGAAGAAAAUUAAAGAGUUUUAAAACAUACUAGAGCACUGAAUCUCCUCCCAAGUUUCAAAAUCUGAUUCCAAAUUCUCCGCUGUUGGUUCAGGGCUAUUUUGAUAACACUAGGUGUUGAGGUACUGAUCUUCUAAAGGUGUUAGUAAUACACCUACAUUUUUCCCCUCUCUCUGCUUCAACAAGUAGCAGAUAAGGUGGGUGUUGAUAGGCAUGUGUAAGAGGAAAGGCUGAAAAUGCUCUGAGAACUGGCAUACUUUAACAAGCCCAUACUUUCCCUUUCUGUCAGAAGGAAACGUGAAAUGCCACUAUUAUCUGUUUUCAAGGACUUGCUGGUUUGUUUCUUAAUAGAAUAUAGAGUAGAGAUCUGCUGAAUUGUUGAUUUGAGAGAUUAUUAAAGGAAAAGGGGAUAGAUAUAGGAAACACCAGAUUAAUAUGUGGAAAUUAGCACUUUAAUAUGCUUGUGGCAACAUUGUUGUUAGGUGACUGGAUUAGCAGCCAGAGUCUGGCCUGUUCAUACAAUGACGUGAGUACAAGUCCUGCCAAGACAAAUGAGGAAUUUACUUUCAGUGUUUAUACAAAUCUGAAUGUAAAGCUGAUUAAAGUAGUAGACAGUUUGAAACAUAUGAUUCUAUUUGGGGUACCAUGGUAGCAUAGUGGUUAGAAUCAUGCUCUGAGCGGAGUUCAGAGUUCAAUUCCGACGUCAUCUGUAAGGAGCUUGUAUAUUCUUCCUGUAUCUGCGUGAGCACAGGACAUAGUUUUCGAGAACCUAAUAAGCAGCAUUUAUUAUACAGUGGCUGGUAGAUAUAUGGAACUAACUGCAAGAGGAAGUGGUUGAGACAGGUACAUUAGAUACAUUAUGAAAUAUGUGGAUGACAAGAGCUUAGAAGAAUAUCAGCCUUGUGUUAGUAAAUGGGAUUAGCUUAAAUCUAUAUCUUGGUUUUCAUGGAUACAUGUAGGCCAAAAGACCUCUUUUAUAUGCUGUACAUUGCUAUGAUUCUUAUCUAAUCUGCCUUGUCUUUGAAUAUAAGAACAUAAGAAAAGAGAGAAUUUUGGCCAUAAGCCUGCCCCGCAAUUCAGCAUCAUCAUGGAUGAUCUGCUGCAAGUUUCUUUUGGGUACAUAAGACCUAAGAGCAGAAUUAGGCUAUUCAGCCUGUUGAGUCUGCCCCACCAUUGCAUCAUGGCUGAUCCCAGAUUAUAUUCAAUUGCAAACACCUGCCCACCCACCAUAUCCCUUGAUGCCCCAACCAAACAUGAAUCUAUUGACUUCUGCUUUACAUAUACCCAUAGACUUGGCCUCCACCACAGUUUGUGGCAGAGCAUUCCACAGAUUCACCACUCUGGCUAAAAAAAAUUCUUCCUUACUUCCAUUCUAAAAGAUCAAUUUUUAAGGCUGUGUGCCCUCUAGUUCUGGAUAUUCCCACCUCAGGAAACAGCCUCUCCACAUCUGUUUCAUCUAGUUGUUUUAACAUUCAGUAGGUUUCAUUGAGAUCCCCCCACAUUCUUCUAAAUGCCAGUAAGUACAGAGCCAAAGCUGCCAACUGCUCCUCAUAUGUUAGCCUCUUCAUUCCUGGAAUCAUCCUCAUGAACCUCCAAUGACAAUAUAUCCUUUCUGAGAUAAGGGGCCCAAAACUGUUGACAAUACUCCCAAGUGUGACCUGACCAAUGUCUUAUAAAGCUUCAGCAUUAUCUCCUUGUUUUAAUAUUCUAUAGAUGCUGCCUUUACCACAGACUCAACCAGUAAAUUAACCUUUUGGGAGUCUUGCACGAGGACUUCUAAGUCCUUCUGUACCUCUGAUGUUUGAACCUUCUCCCCAUUUAGAUAAUAGUCUGCACCAUUGUUUUACCAAAAUGCAUUAUCAUACAUUUCCCAACACUGUAUUCCAUCUGCCACUUCUUUGCCCAUUCUUCCAAUUUGUCUAAGUCCUGCUACAAUCAUAAGCCCAUAAGAUAUAGGAGUAGAAGUAGGCAAUUCAGCCCAUGAGUCUGCUCUGCCACUCAAUCAUGGGCUGAUCCAAUUCUUCCAGUCAUCCCCACUCCCCUGCCUUCUCCCCACACCCUUUGAUGCCCUGGCUAAUCAAGAACCUAUCUAUCUCUGCCUUAAAUGCAUCCAGUGACUUGGCCUCCACAGCCACUUGUGGCAACAAAUUCCACAGAUUUACCAGCCUCUGACUAAAGUAAUUUAUCUGCAUCUUUUUUAAAUGGACGUUCUUCAUUCCUGAAGUUGUGCUCUCUUGUCCUGGACUCCCCUACUAUGGAAAAUAACUUUCACAUUGCUUCCUCAGCACUACCUACCCAUCCACCUACCUUCAUACCUAAUACUGUCCCCUGAAGAACACUACUGGUCACUGGCAGCCAACUAGAAAAGGUCCCCUUUAUUCCCACUCACUGCCUCCUGUCUGCCAGCCAUUCUUCUAUCCAUGCCAGUAACACCAUGGGAUUUUAUCUUGUUAGGCAGCCUCACGUGAGGCACGUUAUCAAUUGCCUUCUGAAAAUAAUGAUGGAAAAAUGGUGAUAGAAAUAUGAAGGGCUAUGUUGAAGGGAAGGAUUAAAUUGAUUAGGCUAGAAGGUCAGCACAGCAUCAUUGCCUGAAGGGCCAGUACUAUACGGUUUUAUGUUCUACGUUUUUUAAUUCCUGUGUUAAGCCUCCAUGACACUCAAUUCCCUCAACUUUCGGAAAUAUAUCUAACUCCUCUUUAAUUUCCACCCCCCCCAUAAAAUAGUCCCCACAAUCCUCCACAGUCCUCCAAGAUAGAGUGUCACAGAGAUUCUGCAAUUCCUGCACACCUCACUUUCAAAUGAUUGCCCCAUUUUGAAGGGUCAUUCUAAACAUAAUUAUAUCAAAUCAUUGCCAUAGAUGGCUGUGGAGACCAAGUUUUUGGGUAUAUAUAAAGAGGAGGUUGAUAGGUUCUUGAUUAGUCAGAGUAUCAAAGGUUACAGAGAGAAGGCUAGAGAACUGGGUUGGGAGGGAUAAUAAAUCAGCCAUAAUUGAUUGGUGGAACAGACUUGAUGAGCUGAAUGGCUUCAUUUGGCUCCUAUAUCUUAUGGUCUUAUAAUAACAGGAUGCAGAAUCUGGUGUUACAAUUACAGAGAAAAUGCAGUAGUGGUCAACAAAGUGGCAGACUGAGAGUUCAGGAGGUUGGGGUCCAUGAUUAUACUGGCAGUGAGAAGGGUAGAAUCACUGAGAGCAGGCUGGUUUGCGUGGAAGUCCGGGCUACGUUCACAUCUCUACACAACUACUCACGGUCUUGAGCAGAGCAGCUGCCAUGCCAAACUAUAAUGCAAGCAGAUCAGAUGUUUGCUGUGGUGCAUCAUUGGGAAGAUGUCAAAUAUCAUAGGUAAGGUUUCCCACAUCUUGUGAAUUAUUGAGUAAAAAUGUAAAUGGGGUGAACUGUAAAACUGCAUUGCCUGUUUCCCUAGACAAAGUAAUGAAUGAGCCUUCCUUUGAUUUACCACUUGCUCGUUAAAGUAUACAUUGUCUGUUUGGUCUACGUGUGAAUCAGGCAGUUCAGACGAUUAGUAUUAUGUUACCCUGUAGACCCCUGUUGUUAUUCUGUAGCCCAUGUUAGUCUGCUCUAAUGCCUGUGGCAGUGGGUUUACCCAACAUAACACAUAGUUGCCUCAGCAAAAUAAAGUUUCCCAUCUCUAUAAAUAGCAUUCACUUUUGUGUAUUAUGGCAGAAUGUCCAAAGACAAUAUAUACAACAUUUUACUUGGAACCAUAGGAUGGGCCAAGACAAGCUUGGAUACUGGAAACAAUAUUCAGGGAAGAGAGAGAGGCAAGGAGGUGUAGUUUUGCUGGCUUCAGGGGUGGUUGGCACUGGACGAAAUGAUUAACUUGGAAAAUGCUUCUCCAGAAUCAUAUCACUCAGAGUUAGACAAACUCAUUUCUGAAGAUGCUGGGAUUUUUGCUGCAAACAGACAAAAUGCAGGAGGAACUCAGCAGGUCUAAUGGCAUAUAUGGAGAGGACUAAAGAGUCAACGUUUCAGGCCGAGACCCUUCAAUGGGACAGGAAAGAGAAGAGGUCAAAUGCCAGAAUAAGGUGGGAAGUUUGUAUAAAUCAGAGAAUUGUGAGGUGGAGGGAAACUGCAGAGACUGGAAGGGAUGGUUUGAAAGGCGUGUUCAGUAUGAAAGGGGUUGGGGGACACUGGGAUCAGAUGAGCCAUUCUGCCACAGGUCAUAAUAACAUAAUGUGCUAACUGUGGAAGAGCUGACACAUAUCCUGCAUUUAGUUGGGUUUAUGCCAAGUGCAACAUUUAUACCAUUAGUGAGGCUUGGAGCAACUCUGAUCCAGAGAUAAUUAUGUCAUUCUACUGUGAGUGUGGGUGGGAUUUCCUUUUACAGUCGGGUUCAAACAGCACAAGUAACACUGCCACCUCGUGCUUCGUAAUUCUGGAAGGAUUUUGUAUAAAGCUUCCUGCAGCCAAUGAUAAGGGUAGGAUCCAGUCCAUCUGAAUUAAAACCAGAGCUAUUAGGCCCAUUGCCAGCAAAAAAAAAACAUUAAAUAUUUUGAUUCUCACUGAGCUCAAGUUGAAAACGAAUAAACAAAUCUUCAGCAAGCUUGGCACAGUGGGAGACUUGAAGAGAAAUCCACUUUACCUCUGGGAGUUUUGGAAGAAGCUUUUGGUAGUGAAGAAGAGACAUGGUCAUCCUGGCUACAGAUGUUCAUGGUGUAUAGUGCUGUGUUCAAAUAGAAUCCUCGUAGACAAUAAGACAGUACCAGCAUCAACAUCUGUUUUCAGCAGAUGGUACUAGAUCUAGCUUGGGUAGCGUUACAGAUAGAAGUAUUUUUGUAGCAUACAGUACUGUGCAAAAAUCUUGGGAACAGACCUUUACACGGUACUAUAUUGUCAUGGAGUGGAGAAGAGAGUUUUUAAGUCUGGCAGUAACAAACAAUAGUGGAGCACUGUGGGAGGGGUGUAGAACAGGUGGCAGAGGGGCACCAGAGGUGCGGAGCGGGUGUUGUGAGUUCAGAUAUACCCAACCCUGAGACACUAGGCAAAGUCAUUUGAUUUUCAAACAGUUGGUUUAUUCAUCAUUACUAAUUGCCUCUCUGCUUCCUGCUCCCUCCCCUCUCCCAUUCCCUUUUCCCAACCAUGUUUCCCCUUCUCCUGCUCCCUUCCCACUCCCCUCCUGCUCAGUUCACAAUCGGGACCCAUAUCUGAAUCAGCUUUAUCACCACUCACGUAUGUCAUGAAAUUUAUUUAUUUCUUGUGGCAGCAAUACAGUGCAAUACAUAAAAUUACUACACAGUACUGUGUCCAAGUCUUAGGUACCCUAGCUUGAUCGCAAAGGAAAUUACAGUGCCAUAGUAGUAUCACAAGUGCACAGAUAUAAAAAUAUUGGAAAAGUUAGAAAGAAUAAAAAAAUGUCACCUCUAACAGGAGGGAUCAUCACUUCCUUGGCUAUAGGUUCACUCAUUAUAGAGCCCUAUGGCCAAGGGUAAGCGUGACCUCUUUGGAGGAGCACAGUUGCCUUAGUCUAUUACUGAAAGAGCUCCUCUGUUCAGUCAAAGUGGUCUGCAGAGGGUGAGAAACAUUGUCCAGAAUUGCCAGGAUCCUCUACAGCAUCCUCUGUUCUACCAUACCCUCCAGUGUGUCCAGUUUGACCCCUACCUCAGAGCCAGCCUUUCUAGUCAACACACCACCACGUAGAAGAUUGUACUGGUGACCAAAGACUGGUGUGUGUAUAUAUACCCCUAAAAAAAUUUUGCACAGUACUGUAGCUUUUUAAUGAAUUGGACCUUCUGUGCAAUGAGAUCGAUGCUGACUGCAAGCUAAGCUAUUUGCCAUUCCGAGGAUGCUGGUGAGGUGAGCAGAGGAGGCUCGAAGAAGUCAGGCCAGCUUAAUGCGGUGAAACAGAGGAGGAAUGGCAAAUAUAUGAGAGCGUUUGAGGAAAAUGAAAGAACACUGUUAAGACCUCUAAUAGAUGGCUGUAUUAAUGUGAUCUGAUUAUUAGCUACUGAUGUUCAUUUUAAUCUCACUUUGUGGCAGUAAUGUAGGAAACUUUAACCCAGAAUUGUUUCAGGCUAACAAUUAAAAUUUAUUUGACAUGACUGGUUGAGAUUAUGGAGGGAGGCACAUAAUGAUUGUAGAAGAGAUACUGCUGCUGAACUGGUGACAUCAGGUAAAUUGACAUCAACAUUUAGGACAGUUUAAUUCCUCUUGGUGAAAACACCAUAUAACAUUAAAACAGCCAAACUGUGAUUCCCAAAUCAGACAAUCCAAUAAUGCUACAACUUAAUCAGUAACUUGAGGCCAAUUACCACUGGUUCAAUUUUGCUCAAGUUGUUUACAGAUAUUUUAGUUGGAGGAUUGGCAGAUGCAGUCAUCAUCAGAAACAGAACAGUGAACUGAAAGGAUUUUCAGUGGUGACUCCCAGUUCCAUACAAUCAAAAUAUUGUAAAUUUUAUAAAACUUAACCCGGGGCCAAGAGAAAUAUAAAAAUUAAUGCUAUGCCAUUUCUAAACCUUGCCAAGGUAUUUGAUUCUGAGAGUUUAUUAGGUUAUUACAAACGCUCUUGGUCUGAUGGAUAUGGGUAGACAUUUUAUUGACCUAAUAUUCUAAUCUCACCAUCAGGAUUAAACUUAUCAGAGCAGAAAUUAGACCUAUCACAGGGAAGAGGGGUGUGAAGAAGUGUGACCUGAUUUGUAUGUAAUAUUAUUGUGGACAUUUAAUUAUAUUUAUGAGAAAGUGAGAAUUGCAGAGAUAUUUGGAUAGUUGAUAGAGCACAUUUUACUGCCUUGGUUUUCAUGGGUCUUGUAAUUAUUUUUUCACAAGGAUAUCUAUAAAACUCUUAAAAUCAUGGAACAACUGCUCUUGAGAUCUUGGGUCUUGAUAUCAAUCUGAGCAAAGAUGAUAAUAAAAAAAUGGGCAAUCAACAUUUAAGAUUGGAUUUCAUUGCUGUAGCUCAUUUGACCUGUCCAUAGGUUGCAUAGGUGAUGUUUGAAUAGGUGAGUCAAAGAGCUAUCCCUGAAUUUCUGAGAAGAUUGAACACCAUGCAGGAGUUAGGAGUUUUUUUUUAAAACCUCAUUUUUAUUACCUAUUAAUUUUCAGACUUUAAGAUAUGGAGCAGAAUUAAGCCUCUUGGCCUGUCGGAUUUACUUCAUCAUUAAGAAAGGAGUUUUGAAAUACUUUGGUCACAUUGGAUGAUAUUGGGAAUUUUGUUACGUUUUAAAACCCUCCUAGUUGUAUCAUUAAUGGCAUCAAUAUUAGAUGGUGGGGGUGAGGAUCUUGGUUGUCUAACUUGGAGGUCCAAACCUCCUUGUAAUAAGUAGGAAGGUGGAGGAAUUUUUUCUGAUAUGUGAUGGUGCCCAUAUCUGUUUAGAGAAUAAAGAAUCUAAAUUGCUUGAAGAAAGAUUUAAUUAAUGAAGAUUUGGAUGUUGAUGGAGCUGGAGAAGGUUUUGGUAGGAAUAUUAGUGAUUGGAAAAACAAGGAAUUUGUUACUUGUGUUGAUCUGCUGCACUGGGAAGGAUUUUAAACGUACCACAAGCCUGAGGAAUUUGGUAAAAUGUAUAUAAUCUGAUUUUGUUGAAUGUCUUGCUUUGAAGGACAAAUAUUUGCCCCACAAAGCGUGAUCUUGCCUCUGGCUUGACCAAGCAUGGACAAGGUAUGUCAAUGCUGCUACUAGGCUACUAAAACUCUGGGCUAUUUUCCUAGGUGAUGUUGGAAUGAGAUGGAUUCCCUGAUCAAGAGACAUAUCACGCUGCUCGAACAGCGAUCUAGCAAGGUUUCUCAAGGUAGAUUGAUCUUUUUUUUUAGAAGUUCAUGCUUUUAAGACAAUGCUGGGAUUUUAGCAAGGAUAACUGUAGCAAUUAUGGAUGUCAUGGUACAAUUCGAAAAUAAUUCCUGUGUUAAGGCCUUCAUUGAAAUAGCAUCAAAAUAUUUGCAUCAGGAGAGACUGCAUUGUGUAGUCAAUGAGCUUCUUUAGAUUUGUGAUGGGUGUUUGGUGAAAGCAGUUCCCAGACGAGGAUUUUUGCUGAGAUUCUUGAGGGUCUGGACAUGUAAGGAUUUUCCUCCCUCAUUUCAAGGAUUUGGCUUUAAGGAACAGCUGAUAUUUUAAAUUAUUUUACAGAUUUUAAAUUUGGUGGUGGUUCUUUAGGCAUUUUUAAGUUGCCAAUUGUUUAACACAUCUUUUUAAAUGGUGUAGUCGAGCAUUUACGCUUCCACAGCCAAAUGUCUCAUUUUCUGUGUUUAAUGUGGCUCUCCCAAAGUGAUCAAACUUAAAUUCCCACAGAUACAGGCAUACAAAAUUAUGAGGCAUAUAGAUAGGGUUAAUGCAGGCAGGCUUUUUGUACUGAGAUUAGGUGAAAUUUCAGCUAGAGGUUAAGGGUGAAAGGUAAAAUAUUUAAAUGGAACCAGAAGAAGAUCUUCUUCACUCAGAGGGUGGUGCAAGUGUUGAAUGAGCUGUCAGCAGAAGUGGUGGAAGUAGGUUUGAUAUUAAAUAAGAAAUCAUUUGAUAGAAAUUUAGAUAAGAACAUGGACGUGAGGGAUAUGGAAGAUUAAGGUCCAGAUGCUUCAAUGGGACUAGCCAGAAUAAUAGUUUGGCAUGGACUAGAUAGGCCAAAAGACCUGUUUCAGAGUUGUGGUCCUCUAUGACACUAGAUCCUAUGGGUGAGUUAAUGAAGGUAAACAUGAAAAUGUUAAAAUUGAGAAUUUCUUGGUUAGCAAGCACAGGAGUGGUGGGUGAAAAGAGAACAGAUGUAAGUAAAGCAACCAACGAUCUGUGGGAGGAAUUCGGUUGCUUGACUAGCCCCUGUGGGGGUAGGGAUGUGGGGGUCGUGUUACAAGUCAAAACCUGCAUCAGAACCUGAGUCCUCAUACUGAUGCUACCCCACCUAUUGUGUUCUUCCAACAGGCUGUUUGUAGCUCCAGGUGCCAACAUCUCUUAUGUCUCCUGAUUGUGAGUUAACCUCCUUUUGCCCUGUGACUCUACAAAAUCAAUGUGCCCCUUAAAUUGAGGCUUCUUAUGGUGCUUUGAUUUCCUUGUUGGUGACCAUGUCUUUGUCAAUCCAAGGUCCUAAUGCUUGGAAACACCUUCCUCUGACUGAGCGCCCCUCCUCCACGGCACCUUGCUCUGAGAUAUUUUUUCUGAAACCUUGUUCUUUUGUCAAGUUUCUCCUCAACAGAAGUAUAUUAAACUGUUAUUGUGCAUAAAAGAACUACAUAAAAUACAAGCAGAUAAUCUAAGAAUUAAGCAGUCUGAUCCAAGAAUAGACUCGACCUGGCGUUAGUAAGGCAUUGAACAAAUUUGACACCCUAUCUCCAGCAAAGCCCACUGGGUUGGGCGCAGGGCCUUAGAAACAUCUGGGCCAGCCUUCAUCAGGACUGGUGAAAGAUCUCAGCCAGAAACUUUGACUGUUUAUUCCUCUCCAUAUAUGCUGUCUAACUUGCUGAGUUCUUCCAGUAUUGAUGUGUGUUUCUCUGCAAAAUUUGAAGAUCCUUCCAUUUCUUUUAUAUCUAAAUUAAAUCCCAGUAUCUGGAAUGAAAGGCUCUGCAUACAAUAGUGGAAGCAGAAAUCUCAAUAGGCAGCAAGAACAUCCUUUUGAGAGUAUGAAUUUAUGCAGGUAGAGUUCUUUUCCAGGGCUACGGAUAGAGAUGAAAAUAAUUUCUAUAUUUCAGAUAAACCUAGAAUAGUGAAUGAAGGGGAAAAGCAUUGUGAAUAUUUAGUCAUCUGGAAAUCGAGGUUUAAGAUUAGACCUGCUUCACUCUAAGAAACUUUAGUUGACUUAAUGCCCAGAAAGUGUAAACUAUAUUCUAAAAAAGGAAAAACGAUUCAAACGGAUCCCUGGUCAAACUAACGUAGGCAGGUCUGACAGAAUAGAAAAUGUCAAAUAGGAUAGUGUUUUUUUGAUAAAGUUAUGUUAAAAGUUAGAGUUACAAAAUAAAAUUGCUGGUGUUGGUGAAAUAAAAAUUGCUUUAGUUCUCAACUUUAGACACGGGUAUUUGUGAUGACAUGUACAGUACAUACAGAGGUGUACCACUGUGUGGCAGUGCACUGUUUCUCAUCAGUGUGAUUGCAUGAUUUUUUUAAAGCUAUGUAUAUACUUCCAUAAAUAAAAUGAGUUGUUUGAUAUUAAAGCUGUUGAUUUUUGA